UGCUACUCCGUACAAUCAAAUGUUCUGACAUUGCUUGAUGCAAGAAUCCCAAAAAUAGUCUCCAAAUUCGAGUAGUCAUCUCAUCGUCAACAUCAUUGCGCCCGUUAAGCUACUCAUCUCGGUCCGUCUUGGAGCUGGUCUCCAACGCUGGGUCCGCUCCUUACCCGUCAUCUUCAACCACCAGCACCAGCACCACACUGCUACUAUCCUUCUUCAUCCUACCCGUGAAACUUCAAACAUCUGCUCGCUAACAACCACCACCACCACCACAAACAGUGCCUCUAGACAGUGUCUAACCCACAACCAUUCCAAGGGAAUGAGGAUAGCGACACUUCAAUUCGCCCCACAAUUAGGCGAUGUCAAGGGUAAUAUAAAGAGAGCCGAUGAAUUACUGAAGAAUGGGAAGGUGGUGCGAGGUGUCGGUACGGGGGCGGUUGGCCUGGACGUUUUGAAGCCAGACAUUCUGAUUCUGCCCGAGCUGGCCUUGACGGGAUACAACUUUCCCUCCCUGGAGGCCAUCAAGCCGUAUCUGGAACCGGCAGGAGAAGGUCCCUCGGCCGACUGGGCGCGGCAGACCGCCCGGCGCCUACAAUGCAAAGUCUGCGUGGGGUAUCCUGAGAUCUACACGGAGACGGCGACCCGGGAAGGAGAGGACUCAAGUAGUCAGCACGAGACUUAUUACAAUUCUCUCCUUGUGGUCGAUGAGAAUGGUCGGGACAUUCUCAACUACCGUAAAUCCUUUCUCUACUACACUGACGAAACCUGGGCAUCAGAAGGUAGCGUGGAACGUGGCUUUGAGAAUCUGAUAUUCCGGAAAGGGGAUCAACACUCCCACGAGUCACACAUAGCCACCUCCUUCGGGAUCUGUAUGGACAUCAACCCGUACAAGUUUGAGGCGCCGUUCACGGCAUGGGAGUUUGCCAAUCGAGUCAUGGACUCGAAGUCUCAGCUGGUCAUUCUGUCCAUGGCUUGGCUAUCUUCCUUGGGUCGGGAGGAGCUGGACCUCCUCGCGGAUGAGCCUGAUCUAGAUACGUUCAAUUACUGGAUCCAGCGGUUCUUGCCACUCAUCACGAAAAGAAUGAGUCAUGAAGUUAAUCUGAACGAGGAUGGCUCUGAUCGAAGCAAGGAUAUCGUUAUCGUCUUUGCCAAUCGAGCGGGAGAGGAGCCAGGAGCAGCGGGGGCGAACCCGGUGCAUUAUGCCGGUACCAGUACCAUCAUCGCCAUCUCACAAAGACCCAAGACUCUUCCCACGGACGCGGAGGAUGACGGAGAAAGCCAAUUUGACGUCAAAAUCCUUUGUUGGGACAUGAUGGGCGCAACAACGGAAGGGAUAUGUUUUGCUGAUACUGCGGCAGACCCAAGCAUGGUUUUUGCGUUAGCAAAGCGAUCGUCGAGCUAA